AAUGAGCCCAGCCAUAGCCUAGCCUUCUAAGGAUCUCUCUCUAGAUUUUUCAACGAUUUCUUUUUGACAGUUUACAUUACUCUGCGAUAAACGUCACUCAUAGAACAUCAAAAUCAAUAACAAUGAACUUUAUCAGAAAAUAAAUCUUAUUAAAAUAAUUACAAAAUUCAUAUUAUGUAUCCAACCCUUUAAGUGCUCUGACCAUGGUCCAUAGGCACCAUGAUUCACGAUGAAGACGAUAUGACCAAGAUAUGCCGCUCUCGGUAAGAGAUCCCCCUGUGAAGAGAAAGGUACCAUGGCACGUUGCGAUGGUGUUGGGCGGUAUGGCUGGUAUGGUAGCAACAACAGUAGUCCAUCCCCUGGACGUGAUAAAAGUGCGGCUGCAGCUGUUCCCGCGGUCGUGCUCGACGCUGGAGAUGGCGAGCGCGGUCGUCAGGUGCCGCGGCGGCGCAGCGCUGUACACCGGCCUGUCCGCGGGCCUGCUGCGCCAGACCACCUACACCACCACGCGCCUGGCCGUCUACCAUGCGCUCAUCGAUGUCUUCCACAGGGAAUACAACCAGGAGCCCAUACUCUACCAGAAGCUGGUGAUCAGUACCACAGCAGGUCUGUGCGGAGCGCUGGCAGGCACUCCGUCGGAGGUGGCCCUCGUGCGCAUGAUGGCCGAUGGACCACUGGAGCCCUGCAUAGCCUGCAACUGCCCACGUCUCUACCGGGGCACUUUUGACGCGCUUUACAAAAUAUGUACACAGGAAGGCAUGGGUGCCUUAUGGCGGGGCGGGACCCUCACCCUCGGCAGAUCAGUCCUGGUCAGCAUUUGCCAAGUGUGGAGUUAUACACAGGUACGCGAAGAAUUUCGCGAGAGGAAACUGGCAAAAGGCUUGUCACUGCACAUCUAUGCGUCGUUCAUAUCCAGCUUCCUCACCGCCUUCGUCUCUCUGCCUAUAGACCUCGUGAAGACCAGAUAUCAAGUAAAGCAUCGUGGGCUAACGCAGCGUGAAAUAUUCUCGGAUAUAGUCCACCGGAAGGGCGCGCUGUACUUCUGGAAGGGCUUCGUGCCCUACUACAUCCGGAUGGCGAUACACACGAUAGUGGCGCUGCUGGUGUUCGACGAGCUGCACCAGCUGUAUGAAGACACCAAGCGAUCAUAAAUACUGCUAAUAAGGGUUUUUUGCGGCCGCCGCUCCGCCUAGUAUGGAUUCCGCUAUUAGGGUGCCUGUCCACUUAAGCGAACGCUGGGGAAUGUAUUCAGACUUCAAUCGAUCAAUCGGCGUUUUGAGACAGGACGCAAUAAAAUAUUUAUCUUACUUCGUCUAUUAA